AUGUCUCACUCUAAGAAGGAGAAGAUAUGCACCAAGUGCAAGUCGGCUGCCUACGACAUUUUCAAGAAGAGCACUCAUCGCGAAAAGGCCGCUUCCGAGGUGGAGGAGGAAGCUUUGGAGAAGGAUGGCGACGAUUCCGAGCUGCUGGAGAAGCCACGUCGCUUCAUGACUCCCUACAUCGCCUUCGUGAAUUCCUCCUGGGCCGAGUACUGCGCCGCCAACCCUGACUCGCAGAUGGACAGCGCCAGCUUCAAGGAGUUCGUCCGCAACUGCGCCGGCAAGUGGAAGGAGAUGGCCGAGGAGGAGAAGGCCCCCUUUGAAGAGCAGUCGGCCGCGGAGAAGGCCGCCUACCAGGAGCUGAUGGUGGCCUACGUGACACAGCAGCUGGAGCUGCAGGGAGAGGACGCCUUCUCAAAGCAGAGCCCGCCAAGCGACUACGUGAUGUUCGUCGUUGAGGAGCGAGAGAAGGUUCGCCAGGAGCUGGGCCCAGAGACGAACAUGGUGGAGCUGGGCAAAGAGCUGGGUCGCCGCUGGACUGCCCUACCGUCGGAGCUGAAGGAGGCGUACAAAGGGAAGGCCAGUGAGGCUCGCGAGGAGUACACUGACCUCAGUGACUACUCCGACGCGGAGGGCGUGAGCUCGGAGUGCGGAGCUGAAAGUGACGACGUGAGUGACUUCACUGGCACCUCGUCCUUUUACUCCUUUUAUUCCUCCUCCGGCGAGGGCAGCUACUCCUACAGCGAUGAUGACGAUGACUACUGA